GACCUCAAACACGUGAAUGAACGCUUCAGGUUCGUUAGUGUAGAGGUGAGUGUCAGUGAGUUGACUUGUAAAAGCAUAAAACACAGAACUACAGUGAGUUGGUGUUUGUAAAAUCGCAGUUAGACUAUUUUAACGACAGUCUACUGUAACGUCUCAGUGUUGUGUUCACGGAGAGACCAUGCACUCUUGCACGCGCUACCUCAUCUUCUUUCAGUACAUUGGAACUAAAUACAGUGGUGCAGCCAAAGUACAUCAGCAGCACAAAACAGGGGUCCUGGACCAUUUGGAGGAUGCAGUGAGGAAACUGAAGCCCCUCAACCCUGUGUCUCUGACCAUCUCCAGCCGGACAGACUCGGGUGUCCAUGCCCUCUCUAACUCCGCCCACUUUGACAUUCAGCGCACAAACAACAAGCCGCCAUUCACUGAAGACAUUCUUGUCGAGGCCCUGAAUUACCACCUCGAAACCGAACAGAUACGGAUAACCCAUGCCCACCGUGUGCCUGAUAACUUCCAUGCCCGUUUCCGUGCCAUCUCUCGAACCUACGUCUACCGGAUAGCCCUGGGACUCUCUCGUCCCGGCCUCCUUCCCCUCACUGAUCACAAGCUGUGCUGGAGCCUCCGCAACACGGAGCUGGAUAUGGGAGCCAUGCGAGCAGCUGCUUCUCUGCUGGUCGGGACUCACAACUUCAGCAGCUUCAGAGUGGCCAACUCCGAAAUGCCUUUUAAAAACCCUGUCAAGACGCUGGAAGUGGCCGACAUACAGCCGGGAUGCUCCUUCUUUCACGCACACUUCCACAGGGACAUUCCGAUGUGGGAGUUGACGUUUAGGAGCAGAUCUUUUCUCUACAGGCAGGUGCGGAGGAUGACGGGGGCCCUGGUGGCAGUCGGUCAGGGACAGCUCUCAGUGACCCAGGUCAAGGACCUGCUGGAGGCUCAGGACCCAUUAGCUUACCAAUCGGGUAUGGCUGCUCCAGCUCACGGCCUCUUCCUCACCAGAGUAGACUACAGAGAUGCAGAUAUGCAGCUUUCACAACAAACUGGAAACUCCGAGGAUUAAAUCGACACCAACAAUAUUUAUGAAAUGACUGUAAUAAACUUUUGUUAUAUAUUUGUA